UCACCACCACCACCGGGCAGCUUGCGUCGCUGUAGCACUCACACACGCGGACCAACGAGCGCGCUGCUGUUCUGCGCAUCACACGCCUUGCUCUCCGGCAAGCGCCGCACCCCGCCCUCCACUUCCGGCCGCUUCCGCUCUCGCCAGCAUGACCUCGUCACUCAGCGCCUUCUAUGCGCGCUCCUUCGCACAGCAUCCCUGGGUCACCCUCGGCGUCACCAACGGCGGUCUCUCCCUCGUCGCCGAUUCGCUCGCACAGGGGCUCUCCUCCGGCGCACCGGCAUCCGGCGUGGCGCCCGGCUACGAUGCGCUGCGCGGCAUGCGCUUCCUCGCCUUUGGCGCCGCCAUGGCGCCGCUGCUGGCCGAGUGGAACCGCUUCAUCGAGCUGCGCUUCCCGCUGCGCAGCGCGGCGCCGGCACUGCCGUCGCACGUCGAGCUGCGCGGCGUUGGUGAGGGCGUGGCCAAGGAGGUGGCGGCGCAGGGCAGAGUCAGCCUGCGUGCCCUGGCAAAGCGUGUCGUCGUGGACCAGGGCGCCUUCGCGCCGUUCGGCCUGGCGCUCUUCGUGAGCUUCAUGGGCGUCACCGAGGGGCGGGCACUGCAAGGGCCGGGCGGCUUGGGCGAGAAGUUCAGCGAGGUCUACUGGCCGGCGCUGCUGGCCAACUGGAAGGUCUGGCCGCUCAUCCAGACGAUCAACUUUCGCUUCAUGCCGCUGCGCUACCGCGUGCCCUUCGUCUCGUGCUGCGGCGUCGGCUGGACGAUCUUCCUCUCCAUGCUGCAGGGCUCGAGCAAGGACGUGGCAGCCGUCGAGGUGCUCAGCUGAUCAGCCGCGGCAAUAGACACGAUAUAUCCCAGGG